ACUGUCAGGUGUCGCAUAUGUCAUUGUCAUCGGCGGGGUUUUCUCCUGGUGAUGUGACGACCCCAAAUCCACUUCAUAAUACUAGUAAAUACAAAGUGUAUGUACAAGCAGUCGAUCGAGCUCUAAAAACGUUCGAGAAUCCCAAUGAAUGGGCUGACCUCAUUUCAGCCCUCGCCAAAUUGACCAAGGUAUUUCAAUCUAACGCUAAGUUUGGAGAUAUCCCUAAACCAGUUACGGUGGCAAAACGAUUAUCCCAAUGUCUCCAUCCAGCUCUGCCAAUGGGUGUGCAUUUGAAAGCACUGGAGACUUAUCGCCAGAUAUUCGAUAUUCUUGGUCCCCAAUCAUUGCCGAAACUGCUGUAUUUGUUUGCUGUUGGCUUAUUCCCACUCAUGGACCAUUGCGGUAUCAAGGUCAAAUCCGAGUUGUUUAACAUCUUCGAGCAGUACCUUCUACCGUUGGGUCAAAACCUGAGACCAGCACUACCUGGCUUUUUGGCCGGGGUACUGUUAGGUCUUGAGGAAGGAACGGAGUUUUAUGAGAGAUCGCUAUCCGUGCUUGACCAAGUUUGCGAAGGAGUUGGUGAACGUGCUUUCUUCGCCUGCCUUUGGCAAGCUGUUCUUGAUUCACCGUCUGUUCGUCUUCCAGCAAUGCUUUAUGUCAACGCAAAGUUUGACAAAACCAGAACCCUUGAUGAUCAGAUAGCUAUUGUCGGCGAUCAUGUGAAUCACAUGGUAGCUGCACUCUGCGCCACUGCCAAUGAUUCUGGCUCACCUUUAGUUCAACGGAAUUUGUUGGAUUUCCUGUGUUCAGCAUUUCCAUUAGAUAGCACAAACUUAACAAGGGAAGAUUUUGUACAGUUAAUUAUGCGAUGUAUGUUUGUCGUAUUGCGAAGGGAUAUGUCCUUGAAUAGACGACUUUACACUUGGUUGAUGAAUCCAACAGCUCUUCCUCUCAUUGUGGAUGCGUUGACGGAAUAUCUGAAGCUCGAUAUAGUCGAAAUUCCACAAUCAUCGACAAAUGCAUGGGCGUAUGGCUGGGGAGACAAACGGAAACAUGUAGAAGGUACCGUGAAGCGAAAUCAUUUGCGAUUAUCGCUUGACUUAAAGAGGGAUCCAUUUUGUUUGCCAUAUACUGGACUGGAAGCUGACAAAACAAAUGAGAAGCGUCGUUUGGAUGAGAUUUCAAAAACAUUCAAUUUGCUGUUAAAUUCUUUGGAGCAAGGAUUUCUGUUUGAAUUUCUUGGCAGUUGGUUCACGAAGCUUCUCGAUACAGUCGAGCCAAACUCUAAUGACAUAUCGCAGUUCUCCAAGGUGAUACAGAAGCUUACUAUUCAUUCUCUUGCGACGAAUAUGGAAACCUUUUCAUUGAUAACACCGACACAUUCGCGAGACUUAGGCUUAAUUUUGUCUACGGAGGCAUUUCGAAUAGUUUUGCUUUUAGGUCAAGUGUUUAUGGAGUCUUGUUUGAUGGAAUGCUUGACGCUUUUGUCAUCCGUCUCAAGCAUGUACUGUACAACUCGCUCCAGUGUACACCUACCUUUAUUUACUGCCGUGUGUAGCCUUACAUCCCAGUUUGUGGAUUAUCCUCUAUACUGUGUGACAAUAGAACAUCAGAGCAACCCUCAAUUACCGAACUGGCUUAAUGAAAUACUGAAGGUUCGUUAUGUUCAAAUUCCAAAAUUUGACUUCUACGGAGUUGAUGCUUCUGACUUGUCUGCGAGGAUAACAGCUUUUGAUCUGGUACUUUCAAUCUACCUGAAGUGUUCCUCUGUCAUUUCACAACACGAGGCUAUCAGUGGAAGAUUAGCCGAAGGAUAUGAGAAUGACGAGAUACUUCCUACUACUGUUUUGUUGAAACCUCUUUUAUUCACAGCUCAGCUCAAUCAGUUGGAAAAGGAACGGGUUUUUGAGCGCUGCGGGCAAGCAAUUUGGCUUGCAGUUGGAUCAUUGCGGUGUGCAGAGGAACACGAGGGACUUUCUAGACUAAUGGCUCUCCUACAUUCCAGGAAACCCAACGAACCAAGUAGUGAUAUGGAGAAUAUCGUUGUUUCCGCACUUACCAGCACCGACCCGACAAUCAGUACACAAGCUGCACAAACGUUCCAUCGUAUAGCGGUAAUGCUGUUGCUUGGAGUACUUGCGGAUGAGUCAGUGUCACGAGCUCGUACAGAGCUAAAGAGCGCUGCUGCUGCAUGGUUCAUCGAUUGUGCCAAACACAAUGAUCUUCCCCGAAUAGUACAAAUGCUUGCAACGAUGCUAAUGAACCCUGUAACAGCUCGGAUCUCGAUCCAAUAUGUUUGGCAGGAGGCGAGGUUAUCAAAAGAACAAUUUUCAUCAAUGCCUCCCGAUGUCUCUGUGGUAACACUGGUAACACUUGAUGGAAAGCAGCGUUUGUAUCACUUUGAUGGUCCAGUGCCAACAGAUUGCACUUGGCUAUACGAACUUCGCAAUCGUCUGCUACUGUCAUCUGAAACAGGUGCUUCUGAAGCGGAGCCAGGUGCACUGUCCACAUGUGCCGCUGUCGUUGGUGGUGAUAUUCCCAAUUUUGAUGAAGACACGGUACGCGGUUUGAUCCAUCUCAUUACACGAAUUACUGAAUUAUUUUUUUUGAAGGAUUCGCUAGAUACGUUGUCGAUAUCUAUGGAAGGUGUUGACGUAACUGUUAUGGAAACGAUACAGUACAUGAUCGAGUGUACUGUGGAAGAAGAGGAAAGCGAACUGGAUAAUAGACAACGCCUUGAAUCGGCACUGGUUAGCGCUCCACCCGAGGGUAGCACAGUUGUAUUCCGAUCAGACGGUGAGUCAGAGGUUGAGCCAUCGGCUGUCAGUUCGCGGUCAACUCACGAAAGCAGCGAACGGCCGGCUGCUUUUGUUAGCGAUGGUCUCUCGAGGCAUGCCGUUCCAAACGUUCUGAUCAUCGAUGAUUUGAUUGUUUUAAGCUCGUAUAAGUUCAAGAAGGGACAUCGUCGGCAAGAUUCUCUGCAAGAAAGUAUAUUCAGCAUGACAGAGCGGGAGCUCAAGUUUGUGUUUAUUUUUGUUGCAUUUAUUUAUAUUGUUGUUGAGGUAACUUUCGAUACGACGGAACUUUUGCGGGCGUCAAUAGAAUCUGCUUCGGAAGGAGUAAGCCUUUUCCAUGAAUCACAUGUGCAUAUGUUGCUGUAUGGAGAGAGUGGUCGUGUUGUUGAUCUCGGCAGGUCUGAAACUGCUUUUCGGAUAUUGACAGCGUUGUUGUGUCCAAGAGGAUCACCUGUUUCAAACCGUAUGCUGCUUAGUUGCUUGGUCUCGUCGGGUACAGCUGCUCAAAACGGGGAUAAUUCUGGUUCGAACUCGUUGCUCACUGUAUCACUUGUUGAUCUAAUGGCUAAACAUGUUAGAGCUAUUCUUGGGCAGCAUUUCUGGAGUGUUACUGGCGAUGAAGAUAUAUCUAAGCAUCGACAUUUAACCUUACUGGAACUCCUGAUAACGAUUUCACUGCACUUCCUGCGGUCGUUCUUCUUGAACUCUCCGAUUUGCCCUGUUACGCAGUCCGACCUGGUAAUGGCAUGGAAAUGCAAGGUACAUUUAGAUAUAGCAGCUCUAGAUUUUCUAUCGGAAUUAUUGGGCGAGCUCUGUGAAAUGAUCUGUCGAAGUUACAAAGAUGUCUACUACAUCUACUUCUCACCGUUGUUCACGACCCGAGGACGAGUGCUGAUUCAGGACAGGCAUUUGUUUCCAAAGAGUCAGUUUAUACGAAAGUGUCGAAAACAUUUUAGAAUGCCACUAUCCGUCUCUAUUUUCGAGUUCAAUGAGGGAAGAUCGUCAAGCACAGGAAGGCAUUUGGCUGGAUUGCUCUCAGCAUAUAACCGCUCUCUUUUAAGUGUAACAGCGCAGGCAAUUCGGCUCGAAAGCGACGUUAAAAACGCGUAUUCUACUUUCGGAGACAUUGUGAGCUUCCACCCGUCAUGUGUGGUGAACCGUCUGGUCGCGCAACAGAUUUACAAUACUCCAUCACACCGAGGAACGUUGCGAGAGCCAAGUCCUGCAUUAGUUGAACUCCGUGCAUUUCUGCUUAUUGUUCUGAGUGCGUUGAAAACAAAUCCAGAACGUCAUGAGAUGUGGUUCCAGUUUGUGGUUCAGAUUCUUCCAUGGAUGGAAAGGUCACUGGCUACUGUUAUGGUACGAGUUGUUGAGCAACUGUGUAAGAACGUAGAGACAGCGUUGAGUAUUUGCUUUCCGGGUGUCGUUGAUUCAGAGGUGGCGAUUGGAUCGAAAGAACUUGAACAAGAUUAUCCUGCGUGCUUUAUAACCAUGACAUUGGAAACCAUUACAACCCUAGUGCAUUUUUGUGUUGUUGACACGACGGCGGCAGGAUCGGCAAUUCACCCAGCAGCACCAAUAGUUGCCGGCAACAGUGCUGGAAGCAUGGUUGGCCAGGUUAAUGUUCCGUCUUUUCAACAUAAAUCAAAUGCACCUUUGCUGAAGUCUGCACGAAAUGAUUUAGACGCAUACCAUCUAAUCCCUCUCCUUACAGGUAAAUACGCAAUGGCCGUGAUUCCUGGAACAAAAGGUGCUACAGAACUCUUCUCUAAUCUCGUAAAAGUGUUCAGCUUCAGUGAUUCCACAUCGGUAUGGGUCAACCAUUGGUUGCCAUUUUUGACAUAUUUAAUAUGGAAGUGUUUCUAUUUGUACUACAACAAAUUUAUUCAGACUGGUGGCACCAACCUUGCGAAACUGGAAGGCACUCGUGGUAGUGUAGCAUUACGGCAAGCUCGUAACGACAUGCUUACUUCACUUCCGCACGCUCUUGCUACUAUUUGCGACGUUUGGACGGUGGUGAGGAGUAACAGUACACCAUGUUUACCACUAGGGCCGCCACAGCAUUUUCGUCGAUUGGUACUGGACUUGCUAUCACCUAUUGCACAGCAUCAUCAACAAGCAUUUCUCACCGCUCUUUCACUAGUUUGGCUCACGCGUUCUGGAAAUGGUGCUACUUCUCAAAGAAAAAUGGAUCCUGAUCGGCUAAAUUUUCACUACACGCCAGCUCAGCAUGACAUAUCGAAUUUGCUUCUGAGCAUAAAAGUGAUAUCGUUCGAAGAGCUGUUAUCGGCUGUCAGCGAUACACUUAAAGAAGUAGGAGUGAAGGUGACAAAACUUGGAGUAGGUGAAAAGAACUUAGCGGAGCUAGUCGAUUCUGUGUGCAAGAGCGAUGAUAAAGAACGACUGUUGCCUACGUUACAGGCCGUUUGGGGAAAUGUGAUCCCUUAUUUGAGGGCGAAGAAUGCCAGGAAUUCGAGGUUUUUCCUUGCUUCCUCACAACUAUUGGCAUCAAUGAGCUCAUUCAGCUAUAUGCGUCCUAUAUGGAAGAAGACAACGCUCGAAUUGUUACUUGAUUCAUCAUUCUUCAAGAUGGAUAUGCAGUCUUUAAAGCAGUGGUUGAUUGUAAGUGACCAUCUCAUGACCCAUGACAAAACAUCCUUCAAAGACCUACUGAAAAGUAUCGCCUACACUCCGAAUGCUUCCUUCAGCAUCAUGACCUCAAAAGAACAGGAAUAUGAAGCACGAGCACUGGCAGUGAAGCGAUUGGCGUUUGUUGUACUUGGUUCGGAGCUCGACCAGUAUCAGGCACAAAUGAACGAUAUUCAAGGCUACGGUAAACGUCUAUCAGAAAACUUGCGGGUUUCACAGUCACCUUCUAUACGCUCUGCUGUUUUUCUAUGCAUUCGUGUCUUACUACUACGAUUACGACCACCAAGCCUAAUUGGAAUUUGGCCAAUUAUGAUUACAGAAUUGGUCCAUGUACUGUUGCAAAUGGAACAACAGUUAUGCUCUGAAGGUAAUGGCAUAGAAGACCUUGGUUGUGCAAGAGAUGAUGCCUGGAUGCAGUUAUAUCUAGCUGCGUGCAAAACGCUUGAGACAUUGUGUACCUUGCCAGCAGGAUAUCUGGCCCAAUUUCAGAUGUGUCACUGGGCAUUUGUGAAUUCGGUCUCUACAAGCAAAACUGAUGUGUUUUUGCCCUUUGCUGGUCGGAUCAAUAAAUUGCUUCGAACGAAGGUGUGGCGGUUCUUCAUUCCUAACUGGAUCACUUUCUUACAAAAAUGCGGUGCAACGUCUGGAACACGCUCUUUGUGUAGAUUUCGCCGAACACUGGCAGCUUUAGAAUGUAAAACUCUCAGAAUGGUCUUCACUCAAUUCCAGUCUGACGGUCAGUGGGUUCUCCAACGCGUUUCUAUGGUAGACGAUUCGAAUCCGAUGCGACUUGCCAAGAAAGCAUGGAAUCAUAUCGGGGAGUUCACCCGGCAAGAGGCCAUUGAGUUGCGAAUAGACGAUUUCAACGUCCACACAUGUAAUCCGGAAGAUACGAAACUAAGACGGAGAGCAAAGCCUCAGAUUGAGGACUUUGACAAGCCGAUCGAGAAGCGAAAAGCACCAGCUAGUGGAACACUGUCUGGAAAGGACGAUGGCAGUGCUACUUCAUGCUCGUUUGGCGACACGAUGACGAAUUUCCUGAGCGGCGUCAGCGAUCAUUUCGAUGCCGACAAUGAUUUUGAGUUGGACCAGAGUGAUGUUGGGUGUACGGACUUCACGAUAGGACCGAAUGAGAAUCUGGUGAAGUUCAUCUCAGAAUUCGGGCACGGAAAUAAGCCCAUUGAGGCCUCGCAAUAUUCUUACGCAAGUCCGAUGGUUGGAAGUUGUCCGGAGGUAGUGGCAGAUGCACUACUUACACUUUUCUUCUUAUUCGGUCCUCCGAAAUCGGCAAAAUUGGACGCUGCUUAUCGAGGCGGAACGCCCAUGGAGUUGUUCUUUGCUAAGCCUCGAUCGGUGGAGACAUCGCGAAAACGAAGAGCCGACCUAACGCUCCGUGAUGAUGACAUGCAGAGUGACACUUACAUUAACAAUUCUUACGGUCAGUUCGUCUACAGUGGUAUCCAAAGAUAUUUUCACCGCCACCUCAUUUUGUAA